AUGUCCGCCUUUCCUUUGAGUGCCCUGUCGUCUGCUGCUGCCCGUAUCCCUCCUUACUUCCUCAACACUGACCACCGUCAGCGUGUUCUCUCUCAGCUUCGUGGAAAACACAACGGUCUCGAAAAGUACAUCUACCUCAAUGGUCUCAAGGAACGCGACCCCAACCUCUUCUAUGAGGUUUUGCUGGGGAACAUGCUCGAGGUUAUCCCCAUCCUGUAUACCCCCACUGUCGGUGAUGCCUGCUCAAAUUAUUCCCAUAUCUGGCGGCGGCCAGAGGGUCUCUACAUUAGCAUAGAGCAAAAGGGCAACAUCAAACAGGUUCUUCGGUCGUGGCCUAGCGGGCAAGCCGCCAGGAUCGCGGUGGUCACAGACGGCUCUCGCAUCUUAGGUCUCGGUGACCUUGGUGCCAAUGGUCUCCCAAUUGCCAUCGGUAAACUGGAUCUCUACAUUGGUGGCGCCGGCAUCAAGCCUUCCACGACUGUGCCUAUUUGCCUGGACUUGGGCACCAACACCGAAAAAUACCUCACCGACCCACUCUACCUUGGUGUUCGCCGCAAGAGGCCCGACACUGAAGAGAUGGAUGCAUUCAUGAACGAGUUUAUGGAGGCAAUGCAGGAAGUCUUCCCCCACCUUGUCGUGCAGUUCGAGGACUUCUCAACGGACAACGCUUUCCGCUACCUGGAGAUGUUUAGGAACAAAUACCGCGUCUUCAAUGAUGAUAUUCAAGGCACAGGUUCUGUCGUACUCUCGGGUUUCUUGAACGCUGCUCGUCUGGCGUCUUCGGCUUCUGGCACUCCCCUCGCUGACCAGCGAAUUCUCUUCUUUGGUGCCGGGUCGGCUGGUAUUGGUGUAGCCAAGCAGCUUACCUCGUUCUUCACCCUUCAGGGACUGAGUGAAGAGGAAGCAAGGAGCCGCAUUUAUACCGUUGAUUCUAAGGGUCUGAUCACCGCUGAUAGGAAAGGCCUUCAAGAGCAUAAAAAAUACUUUGCUCGUACGGACUACCAGGGCCCUCCAUUGACAUCCCUGAUUGAUAUAAUUGAAUAUGUCAAGCCUACCGCUCUCCUUGGCCUCAGCACUAUUCAGAACGCAUUCACAGAAGAUGUUGUCCGUCUGAUGGCCAGACUCAAUACCCGUCCAAUUAUCUUCCCUCUGUCAAAUCCCGUAUCGCUUUGCGAGCUAGAAUACCAAGAUGCGAUUCGCUGGACAAACGGUUCAGUCGUCUUUGCGUCUGGAAGCCCUUACAAACCUGUGGAAUUUGAAGGCAAUAUCUACGAACCGGGUCAGGGAAACAACAUGUACAUCUUCCCUGGUAUCGGAAUGGGUGCUAUUCUCUCCAAGUCGAAGCACAUCACCGAUUCCAUGGUGGAACAGGCUGCUAUUGCUCUAGCGGGAUCCCUCACUGUUGAGGAAACUAAAGCCGAACUGGUCUAUCCUCGUCUUACGCGCAUUCGCGAUAUUAGUGCCCAAAUUGCACUUGCAGUCAUCCGUGCUGCACAAAAGGACAACGUUGACGAAAACGCUCUUUUCCGAAAUCUUUCCGACGAUGCCCUCCUUGAAUAUAUCAAGGCUAAGCAGUGGCAACCCACGAACACGAACUCCAUUCCUCGCCUGUAA